UCAUGCAAACAGAGAGAAUCCUCCCUGAUUUUGAAUAUUUCUACUUUGCUCAAUUUGCUUGUKGGAAGCAUGUGGAAGGCUGUGGUUCUGGCUGUGUGUCUGAUUGUGGCUGAGGCUCAGCCCAUGGAGGAUCCAGCCUACGGAGUGAAACUCUGCGGCCGAGAGUUCAUUCGGGCAGUCAUCUUCACUUGUGGAGGCUCACGGUGGAGACGGUCACUCAGGAGUCCAGCGGAUGUUUUAGAGGAUCCAUUCAGCUCUAAUCAAGAUGAGUCUUCAGAGGGUUUGAAUUCCAACUUGGCAGUGGAAAGUCUUCUUCAGAGAAACAAGGACCUGAGCUUCACAACAACCAGAAACAACCAGGAGGGAGUGUUCAGCAGGUCUUCGCGUUCGUUCAUCACCGAUGAGAUCCUAGAGGCCCUUCGCAAAGCUGACCGCAAAGGCCGAGAUGUUGUGGUGGGUCUGUCCAACGCCUGCUGCAAGUGGGGCUGCAGCAAAAGUGAGAUCAGCUCCCUGUGCUGAGGGUUGAURCACAAGAUCUGAAUGCAGUAUUUUUACACUGAAACAACCGUCACACAUAUGUGCACACGUUUAUGUUCAUUUCCAUUUCUGAAGAACUUGGAUCUGUUUUCAUGUUUCAUUAUUAAGUGAGUCUUUGUAUGUUUUUAUGGCCAAAACAUAUUUGUUGAUUAUAGAACAAUAACAAUAAGUGCUGUUUUAUUUCUAUUAGUCCUGCUGGUAAUGUURAGAACUUGGUGAUGUAAGUAAUGUUUACACUAUUUAUAUGCAACUUCAUGAAUAURCUCAUGUUUAAGGUCUAAUCUCAUUUGUAGUUUUUUCAUAUGUUGCAUUUUUUCCAUACACCAGCGAGUGUUUGAUGUUAGAAAUUCAGAUGAGCAACAAAACUGUCAUAAAACUAAAAUGCCUUACCCACA